UCCUGGUGAACAGAGUCGACAUUGAGUGAACGUAUUGCUACACAAUACCAACCUACAUGUACAUUGAUGUUGAGACGUUGAAACUCAGUGGAGUCGGGUCAAGUUUUAAGAUUUAGCCUAAACCAAAAUGGCGCAGUGGAAUGGGUUCGAGGCUGAUUAUAAACCUCAAAGCUCCGAUCUGAGAGACACUUGCUUCAGUCACUACGACAAAGAUAGAGAUGGCGUUUUGAACGCAACGGAGUUCCACACUCUUUGCUGCGAUUUGUUCAUAGUUGAUGGAAGGCAACAUGUUUUCUCCAAGACUGAGUCAGAGGUUAUGAUGGGAAUAUUGAGCAGCGGAAAGAGCGGGGUAAUCGACAAGAAUGACUUUGACUUCUGCUGGAAAAAUUGGUUCAAGCAGAUAUUAAAUCCCAAAGCAGCCCUGAUUGUGGUAGAUGUUCAGAAUGACUUUGUGGACGGUUCCAUGGAUCUGAGAAACUCACCAGCCGGCCAAGAUGGCGCAGAAGUCCUACCUGUCAUUAAUAGGCUUUUGGACUUGGCCUUUGAUGUUGUGGUUUACACCAAGGACUACCACCCACCCGAUCAUGUGUCCUUCUUCAAAAAUCUGAAUCUGAGGAAACUCCAUCCAUCAAGUCAUGUCAACACCGAAAAAGCCAAGAUGUUCGACACAGUUAUCUUCGACAGCGAACCACUCGUCGAACAGACCCUCUGGCCGGCUCACUGUGUAGAGGGUACAAAAGGAGCUGAACUACACCCUGAUUUGAAAUUUGUGAAGGACAGCCUUGUUCACUUGAAAGGCACCGAUCCCGAUGUAGAAAGCUACUCCGCGUUCAUCGACAACAAGAAACGCGUCAACGCAGCAUUGGUAGCCGACCUCAAGGUGCGAGGGGUCAUCGACAUUUACGUCUGCGGAUUGGCCUUUGACGUUUGCGUGGCAAUGACUUCUCUCGACGGUCAACGUCUUGGCUACCGGGUCAUGGUAAUCGAGGACGCCUCCAGGUGCACUAGCUUUGAAAAGGUCGAAAAAAUGAAGAGGGAAUUUCUUCAAGCUGGCUGCGUCAUUGGCACUUCAUUAGAGGUCCCAUCGAUGCUGUCGGGAAAGACCAGACUUCCUCAGUGGGGCCUGGUGGCGGCGCAAAACGCCCUUAAAGCCAGAGUGGCGCAGCAGCCCGGAUACAAAGGAGAGACUAAGCUGGACGAGCAGUGAAACGCAGAACAGACGAACCUCGUCAGAGAUCCAGGGAAUAACAACAGAUAGUGAUUUGAUGAUAAUGCGUACUAUAGGUUCUAUGCGCAAGGCAAACGGCUAAUCUGCAGAUAAAUGCAUCCUGUUUAUUAAAUCUAUGGGCGUUUUUGAAACAAGUGGAUUUGGCUUAGACAUUGGUCUCUCUGGUUUCGUCCGUUUUGCAGCACCGUUCGAAACCACAGGUUGAAGCUCUGACAAGAACAGCGAAACUACAUUCUAAGCCGAAUUCACUCGUUUCAAAAACGCCCUAUAGUGUUGUCACACAAGUGGCUGUGCCAUUUUCUUUGGAGCCAUUUUGUUUCAACGAAAAACGAUACAAUUCAGCAUUUAAGAUGAAGAAUUUAUCGGAAUUUAUCAAUUUAGUUGGGAUAGCCACUAGUACUCUUAAAAAGCCAGACGUUGGUGUUUGGAAAUUUAGUAAUCACACCAAGAGCCAAACACACACACGCGCUGUAGAAACAACCGAGAGCGAAUUAAACCUAAAAGUGGCACGGAUUAUACGGAGUGCUUUAGUGGAACACGGUCAAAGAAACUUCUUGAACGCACAGCUCUUAACGGAGACCACACCGGCUCUUGAAAAACAACUUCCAAUCAAUAUGACGUAAUUUCGCGCUGGUAUAUACUUAAUACUCGCUACAACGCUGGUGUGUCUUUGCGGUGCAAAAGGGUGAAUUGUACUACUACACCUCAUAAAUAUUCUUGAGAAAAUAUGAGCGCGCGUAAUUGGCCGAUUCCACGUCGCGUCUGGGAAGUAGAAAUGAUACGCUACCAGGUGAUGCGUAGUGGUGAGUAUCCACCUCGCUGCCGUGCGGUAGUUUUUUUCUGGUAGCAUAAAAAAAUCCCUCUGGAUCCCGCCGCGUUAAUAUGUAAACUGUGUCAUGUAAUCUUGACGGAACCAGUCUGGAGUUGUAUCCUAAUAACUAUUACAGUA